UCGUGUCCUGAACUGUCCCCGCUGUGUGCACCGACCACCCGUGUUCCAAACUGCCACGCUGUUUGUGCACUGACCACCCGUGUCCUGAACUGUCCCUGUUGGGAAAAAACCGCCUGUGUUAUGCACUGCCCUACUACAUGCCUAGACUACCCUUACUUGAACCGCCCCAUAGCGUGCCUGGAAUAUAGCUACCUGUGGUACCCCUGAGUGCUUGAGCCAUCGCUACCCGUUGAGUCCCCGUGAACCCAAUGUCCCUAGAAAGCUGGGUGAGAGCUGUGCUGAGGCCAGACUUCCCAGCUAAAGUCCCGUUGAGUCCCCGAGGCCCCUGCCCAGUGGUAGGUUGUCGCCUGUUGCCCAAGACCCCUGCCCAGGGGUAGAUUGCCGCCUGUUGCCUGAGGUCCCUGCCCAGGGGUAGAUUGCCGCCUGUUGCCGCCUGUUGCC